AUGCAGGGAGCCAGUCCUAGUCCUCGUAUCAUGGGUGGUCCUACUACAAUCUCCAUUUCCUCAGCUGGCGGGCCCUCAGAGGCAUUUGAACAGCUUCGUCUUGAGUUACUCCAUGCUGGCCACCAUUUGUAUGUUGAUUCUUCAUUCCCGGCAGACGAUUCCAGCUUGUUCUAUUCACGCCGACCACCCUGUCCUGUGGUAUGGAUGCGGCCUGGAGAGAUUAUGGCAUCUACUGGUCUCUAUUUGGGUCUAAGUGCAAGUGUGGCACCUCGUACCAAUUCCUCUGGGCCAGAGUUCAUAGGCGAAGGCGGCAUCCGCUUGGGCGAAUUGAGACAGGGCGAGCUAGGUCAGUAA